CUCCGUUCAAAGUCUCUGCUUCCGGUUCCUUGAGCUGGGAGCGUCUCGUCUUCGUCGUGUCGUCUUCCUAUUCUUCUUCUUGAUCCCUUUCUUCUGUGUACAUGCCAAAUCUCUUCGUCUUUUCUCAUUCCUCUGCCUCCAAUCUCGUCCGUUCUGCUUCUUCCAUUCUCACAAUCGAGUUUGAUAGUUUGUUUCUUAGGAUUUUGCCAGUCUGGGUUGUUUCGAACAGGUUUCAGGUUUGUUAACGAUAGGGAGAAUUGGGUCUGAAGCAACAAGAAGGAGAAGAAGCCCUAGAGAAUUUGCUGUUGAGUUGAGAGAGAUAUACAGACAGGGAGGAUCGUGGAAACAAGAUGGUCUCAGAGCCAUCAGUCGGGGCAAAAUUGUGCGCGCCGUUGAGUUUUGUAGUGGAAGUGGAGCUGGGAUCACGUCCCCUUCCGGAGCUUCUAAACUAUGAUCCCGUUCAUGGACGGGCAAUUUGAUGAUCCGAGUGCCCGUUCUUCUUCCGACGAACAUGAUGUGAGGAGCUUUUGUUGCUAGGACCGGACAAUUGGGACACAAUUGGGGUACAAUUUGGAUGCAAUUUGGAUCAGACGGGAUGCACACAGCGUACAGGGAAUCUGACUCACAGUAUUGGGACGGGGAGGACAAAGGGUGGUGGUGGAAAAUGGGGUCGAGUUUCUGGAUGUGCUGGAGAAGAAUUGGGAGGGGUGAUUCGCUUGGAAAACCGCUACUGGAUGAAGCUCGGACUAUGUGCGUGGGGAAAUACAAGCGGAAGACAACGACGCCGACCCCGCCACAGACCAAGGAGUCCAAGGACGACUUUCGAGGGCCAGAUACAUCAUCGUUGACUGCCUUCCUAUUAUCUUUACUUUCAUGUACAGAAUCAAGUAGUAAAUAUAAGAAUGAUCAGUCGAAUGAAGAAACGACCGGGAGUGACGAACAGGAAAGUGCUACUAGUUCUCAGAACAGAGCUGUACGAAGUAGACGUGAAGGCGACAACAAAAUUGUGACCACUGUAGAUCCACAGAGUGGAGAGGAAUUACUAGAGGGCGUCAAUGAGAAGGAUGGGAAGGGAGAUACACCUACUCCUGUUGGAGACGAUCCUGAUGCCGAAUGGCAGCUUGUGUCAGAGACAGAUGUGGCAGUCUCCAAAUCUGCCCAAGAUGCAGCCGGUCAACUUUCCGCUCCUGAGUCACCAUCAAAGCACGUGAUAUUGCCAGACAUGUCUGAGGAGUCUUCACUGAUCCCUGAGACCCUUCGGACUGUGGUGUAUUCGGCCCUUCCAACCUUGGCCCUUGGACGUCAAUGGGUUCUUUUGUACAGUACUAUAAAGCAUGGGAUCUCGCUGCGCACUCUGUACCGAAAGGCGGCCAUAAUUCCAGGUCCUUGCUUGCUGAUAGCUGGGGACAGGCUAGGUGCAGUCUUUGGUGGGUUAUUAUCAUCGCCCCUGAAACCAACACUCAAGCAAAAGUAUCAGGGAACAAACGAAUCCUUCGUCUUCACCAACGUCGCCGGGGAGCCGAAAGUCUAUCGCUCCACAGGUAGCAAUCGAUACUACGUGCUUUGUACGGACGACGCGAUCGCGUUUGGUGGCGGUGGUCACUUCGCAUUAUAUCUAGACGCAGAAUUGUUGAACGGGACAAGCGCCAAUUGUGAGACGUUUGGCAACCCAUGUCUAGCUACAACAGAAGACUUUGUAUUGAAGGAUGUAGAGCUUUGGGGCUUCGCACACACUUCUAGGUACACGCCGAAAUAUGCAACUUUUAAGGAACCUGAAGAAACACCGGGUAUCUCGGCCUGGUAACAACUUGGGCAUGAUUAAAGAGUGCAUCGAUUUCUAUGCUUUGAGCGAACGGAAUCGAACAUUGAAGCAACAGGAAGCCUAGCGGUCCGUGCGUUUAGCAAUUUCCAAUGGGCAAGUAGCGGUAUGCAGGUCUCGGGUACAAGGGUACGUUGGAUCCCUACGCAGGCACCGUUGUAUGCACAUGUCAUCCAGCCGAGCGUGAUGUGAUCACCGAAGGAAAAGAGAGCGCGAGAAGACAAAGGAUGGGGAGGGGACGACUGCCGAGCAGACACAAGGCACUAUAGACUCCACAUGGAAUUGGAAGAAGAAGAGGCCUUCUCCUGUUAGUGAAACUCAGCUACUCACUAACUUUUGUAGCAGUUUUUACCAACCCUCUGUCCUUGGGUCCUAGGCCAUGAAUCUCCUGGGCAGAGGCUGGAGAUUAUGAGCUCAUCUUGUGCCAGUCGACUAGUCACGUUCAUUGAUCUGCAAGCUGGAAGGUAAAAGACAAGGCGUCGAAAUCAGGAAAUCUUAUCGAAGCCCUAGAACAGCAGCACUACUUAAAAAAGACGCAAACGCACUGUACACUUUCUGUAGUGCUGUGCAAGUGCAGAGCAGUCGUCUAGUUUUAGAUGUAGAUUCAGUUUAGUCAUGACUCCAGCACAAGCCCAAGCGUUUUCAUUCAUGAAACCCACUUGUGGAAAUCGGUGUCGAGAUCCCGCUCGCUUUGUUGCUUUGGGCCGCAUCUUUUGUCUCCACUCUCUCGCCUCUCUCUCUCGCUCUCUCUCUGGGACUCACUUUUACAGAGUUGUCAAGUGCACGCAGUUUCUCGACUCCAACAUGCCAGUACUAAGCGACCGACCAGAGCCUAAGAGCUACGCUAAAGUUCAUUACUAGGCUUGUAUAUCUAUCCUUCGAUUUAUGCAUCUAUCGGUCUAUCGACCUUCGCAUGUGAAAAGUAUGACAGUGUGCAUGCCCGACAGGACGCUGUGCCCCCACCACCACAGUGAGUGCUUUGCUUUUCCACUCAAACAAACCAACAAAACCCUUGAUUUGUAGGCCUCCUCCCUCGCUCUCCCCCGGGACCCUCCUCGUCGGCUACUCCGACUCGGAGCGAGCACUUUCGACGGAGCAUGCAACUCCUGCAGCAAAGAGGCUUAACCUCUCUAGCGCUCGCUCUCUCCCUCGUAUGCCAAUCGUAUUCCGACUAGAAAGCAAUAGAGGAUCGUACAUGGCAUGGCGUGGAAUCUCGAUAGUGCUCGGUUUGCGUCGUUUCACUUUCACUCACUUUGAUUGCAGUUUCGAUUCGGUGGUAAUGGUCCCCGUGUGGAAAGUCGACUGCGAGAGUUAUGGAAUGCCAUUGAAAGCUGUGGGCCUGUGAUCGUCCUCUACGCCCCAAAAAGGCACCGGGACCGGACAUGGCGCGGUCACGACUCACGAACAAAACCGUAGGCGCUGGCGCUGCUGGGGCUGGGGCUGGGGUGUGUCUCAGGCGACAAGACUGGCCAUGGUGGCAACCAAACCUCAGGUCUAACCUUUGUAGGAAAGCGGCAGCCAUCCAGCCAAGGUUUCUCGUUCAAGGCACUGCGCGAGCCUCCUCAUCGACCGAAAAAGGCGAAGAGCAGAAAAAUGUGCCCACCUGAGUUGAAUAAAGACGCACCUUCUUCUCGGUCCCUUGGACCAUCUGUGAAGCUUCCUGGAAAGAUGAUUGCAAAGCAAAGGGACUGCAUGGCAUGGCUCGA